CUGCAACGGGCAGCAUGCUUGCAAUCCAGGUGGUGUCGGAAGUGGGCGACCUUGCACAACUGGAGGCGCAAUGGGCCAAGCAACAAAGUGCACAAGAGAUUCCAGUGGUGCAAGGGGUGGUAGCGCCCAGUGGGCACACAGUUCCGAUGCAGCAGAGGAGAUGCUGGGUCUUUUGCCUUCCAUGGCCGACUUGUUCAACCACAGCAACAACAACAACAACAACAACAACAACAACAACAACAACAACAACAACAACAACAACAACAACAACAACAACAACAACAACAACAACAACAACAACAACAACAACAACAACAACAACAACAACAACAACAACAACAACAACAACAACAACAACAACAACAACAACAACAGCAGCAGCAACAACAUCAAAUGGCAGAAGAAAGACGAUUCGUUGCAGAAGCUAUUGUAAAUCAAGCGGAUUUCCUUACUAUCUCCA